GAGGGGGGGCUCCUCGUCCCUCCCCUCCCUUCUGUCCUCCCUCCCGUCCUCCCCGCUCCGGGCCCCACCCGGCUCAGACGGCUCCGGACAAGACCGCGAGCACAGGCCGCUCCGCGGGCGCCUCGGAUCCCUGCGGGACCCCACCCCCGCCCAGCCUGCCCAGCCCGCUGCAGCCGCCAGCGCGCCCCGUCGGCAGCUCUCCAUCUGCACGUCUCUCCGUGAACCCAGUGGGCAGUGUGCCGCCACCAUGUUCAGCUGGCUGAAGCGGGGCGGGGCGCGGGGCCAGCAGCCCGAGGCCAUCCGCACGGUGACCUCGGCCCUCAAGGAGCUGUACCGCACGAAGCUGCUGCCGCUGGAGGAGCACUACCGCUUCGGGGCCUUCCACUCGCCGGCCCUGGAGGAUGCAGACUUCGACGGCAAGCCCAUGGUGCUGGUGGCUGGCCAGUACAGCACGGGCAAGACCAGCUUCAUCCAGUACCUGCUGGAGCAGGAGGUGCCCGGCUCCCGCGUGGGGCCUGAGCCCACCACCGACUGCUUUGUGGCCGUCAUGCAUGGGGACACUGAGGGCACCGUGCCCGGCAACGCCCUCGUCGUGGACCCGGACAAGCCCUUCCGCAAACUCAACCCCUUCGGAAACACCUUCCUCAACAGGUUCAUGUGUGCCCAGCUCCCCAAUCAGGUCCUGGAAAGCAUCAGCAUCAUCGACACCCCGGGUAUCCUGUCGGGUGCCAAACAGAGAGUGAGCCGCGGCUACGACUUCCCGGCCGUGCUGCGCUGGUUCGCGGAGCGCGUGGACCUCAUCAUCCUGCUCUUCGACGCGCACAAGUUGGAGAUCUCGGACGAGUUCUCGGAGGCCAUCGGCGCGCUGCGGGGCCAUGAGGACAAGAUCCGCGUAGUGCUCAACAAGGCCGACAUGGUGGAGACGCAGCAGCUGAUGCGCGUCUAUGGCGCGCUCAUGUGGGCGCUGGGCAAGGUGGUGGGCACGCCCGAGGUGCUGCGUGUCUACAUCGGCUCCUUCUGGUCCCAGCCUCUCCUCGUGCCCGACAAUCGGCGCCUCUUUGAGCUGGAGGAGCAGGACCUCUUUCGCGACAUCCAGGGCCUGCCCCGGCACGCCGCCUUGCGCAAGCUCAACGACCUGGUGAAGAGGGCCCGGCUGGUGCGGGUUCAUGCUUACAUAAUCAGCUACCUGAAGAAGGAGAUGCCCUCUGUGUUUGGGAAGGAGAACAAGAAGAAGCAGCUGAUCCUCAAACUGCCCGUCAUCUUUGCGAAGAUUCAGCUGGAACAUCACAUCUCCCCUGGGGACUUUCCUGAUUGCCAGAAAAUGCAGGAGCUGCUGAUGGCGCACGACUUCACCAAGUUUCACUCGCUGAAACCGAAGCUGCUGGAGGCGCUGGAUGAGAUGCUGACGCACGACAUUGCCAAGCUCAUGCCCCUGCUGCGGCAGGAGGAGCUGGAGAAUACCGAGGUGGGCGUGCAGGGGGGCGCUUUUGAGGGUACCCACAUGGGCCCGUUCGUGGAGCGGGGACCUGACGAGGCCAUGGAGGACGGCGAGGAGGGUUCGGACGACGAGGCUGAGUGGGUGGUGACCAAGGACAAGUCCAAAUACGACGAGAUCUUCUACAACCUGGCACCUGCCGAUGGCAAGCUGAGCGGCUCCAAGGCCAAGACCUGGAUGGUGGGGACCAAACUCCCCAACUCGGUUCUGGGGCGCAUCUGGAAGCUGAGCGACGUGGACCGCGACGGCAUGCUGGAUGACGAGGAGUUCGCGCUGGCCAGUCACCUCAUCGAGGCCAAGCUGGAGGGUCACGGGCUGCCCGCCAACCUGCCCCGUCGCCUGGUGCCACCCUCCAAGCGACGCCACAAGGGCUCUGCCGAGUGAGCCGGUCCCCCUCCCAUGGCCCUGCUGUGGCUCCCCAGCUCCAGUCGGCUGCACGCACACCCCUGCCCCAGCUCACACAUGCCCUGCCUGCCCUCCUUGCCCAUCUGUAAGGACCGGGGGUCUCCCUCCGCACUACCACCAGACACCCCGGUGGAAGGGUUUAGAGGGGACCUCGGGAGGGACAAGGCUUCUCUGUCCGCCCUUCACACCUCCAGCCUCACGUUCACUUAGGCACAUCACACAGACGCUGGCACGCGCAGGCAUCCAUCCAUCCAUCCAUCCAUCCUUCAUUCAAAUAUUUAUUGAGCACCUACUAUGUGCCCAGCCCUGUUCUAGGCACCGGGCAUUACCACAGAGAACAAAAUAGACAAAUACAUCUGCCCUCAUGGAAGGUGACAUUCCCAGGAGAGGGUACUUACACAGUCACACAAACACACACUAAUUCCUGGCACGACCCCAGCCCCUUCCCUGGGUGAGCAGCCCUGUGGUUGAAAUGACUGAUAGACCCUCUUCUGCUCCGCUUCCUCCUGCCCAGCCAGGCCAGACCCUCAACCCACUCCAUCACAGCCUCAGGUCUCGGGACCAUGGGGGCUCAGAGGGGAGACACAAUCUUCUUUCUUUCCUUCUUUCCUUCCUUCCUUCCUUCCCUCUCUUCCUUUUCUUCCUUCCUUCCUUUUCUGUUUUGUUUUUGCCCCCAAUUCUGUCCACACCCAUUCCCUCCCUCCCUCCUUCCCUCCCUUCUUCCUUCCUUCCUUUCUCUCUCUUUGUUUCCUUUUCUUUAUUUUUCUUUCUUUCUUUCCUCUUUCUUUCUCCUUCCUUCCUUCUUUUUCUUUCCCUCCCUCCCUCUCUCUCUUUUCCUUUCCUUUCUUUUCUUUUCUUUUCUUUUUUUAAUAGAGUCUUCCUCUGUCACCCGGGCUGGAGUGCAGUGGUGAGAUCUCGGCUCACUGCAACCUCCACCUCCUGGGUUCAAGUGAUUCUCGUGCCUCAGCCUCCCGAGUAGCUGGGACUGCAAGCAUGAGCCACCAUGUCCAGCUAAUUUUCGUAUUUUGAGUAGAGACGGAUUUUCACCAUGUUGGCCAGGCUGGUCUUGAACUCCUCAUCUCAGGUGAUCUGCUUGCCUCGGCCUCCCAAACUGCUGGGAUUACAGACAUGAGCCACCGUGCCCAGCUUCACACCCAUUUCUUUUAAAAGGAUCCUGUAGCAGGAAGAAAAACCCCUUCCAUCUCGCUCCUCCGAGACUGUACCCCCUUGGAGGUAUUUCCAUCCUCCACUUGUCCGUGGCUGGAAAUGCCCAGCCUGCUCCUGGCCCCCUGGAAGCCUCCCCACAGCUGGUGGUCUGGACUUAAGGAUUGCUGGGCCACCGCCUCUCUGCCCAUCACCAUUCCAUAUUUAAGUGGAGCCCCUACAUAGAAAGGCCUCGGGGCUUUAUUUUAGUCUUUUCAGGGAUGUCGUGGGCGGGGGAGGGGGGUUCUUGGUGCUACAGCCCUCUCCCCACCCCUAAAGGGACCCCGACGCUAUCUGCUGCCUUCAUCACGUUAUUAGUGCUUGACCCUGGCAGGGGACCCCAUGGAAAAGAUGGGGAAGAGCAAAAUACAUGGAGACGACACCCCCUCCAGGAUGCUCGCUGGGAUUCCCACGCCCACCAUUGUCCCCCACCCCGUGGCUGGGAGGGGCCUCUGAACGGAACAGUGUCCCCACAGAGCGAAUAAAGCCAAGGCUUCUUCCCA